UUGUUCCAAGACGAGAUGGGUUUGGGAUUCGAAGUGUCAUCGACGACAUCAACAUGCAUCGGCGAAAGAUCUGGUAUGUCCUUCCUGGAGUUCGAGACUCUAUACACCUUGGAAAAGGAGAUGCUGAUGCAAUCACGAUGCAAUCAAGAGCCAAUGGCUCAGCUAAACGACAAGUACACGAUAGCGGGAUGGUUUAGCGGUAGAAAGGGUGUUUAUACGGAGCUCCCAGAUCCUUUGCUGUGCCAUCACAUGUGCAUGUGUGGUGCAGUUGCACCAGUUUCCAGUUCACAAGCGCCGACAGAGGGAUUCAGCUUUGCACCUGGAUGGUCUUUAAACGCGGAUCAUUUCUAUCAGUGGCAACAUCGCGGAAAAACUACACAGCAGAUCUAUACGGAUUGGGCGAAUUAUUACUUGGAACGAGGAGGUUGCAAGAGGAGAGUGAUCGAUCUCCAAACUGAUCUCUGCGACGGUGUCCUUUUGGCUGAUUUGGUGGAGGCUGUUACUAAUCAAAAAGUGAUCGACGUAAACCGGAAACCGAAAAACGCUCAACAAAUGGUCGAAAACGUGAGCUUGUGUGUGGGAGCACUGCGAGCUCUAGGAGCGGACGUGGGUGCCGUGAACCCGGGCGAAUUGGCGGCAGGAUCAACCCUGUGGCCAGUCCUGGCUUUACUCUUCGCCUUGUCGCGCUACAAACAACGAGCCAAGCAAUUACAGGACAUGCCCAAAUUACCAUCGCCUUACAACAAACAGUCGUCGGGGGUUGGCAGCGCUGGGGGAGGUCCAGGGGGUGGCACGAGCAUACCCCUGCCCGCAACAGUCGCCGCCACCAGGAGAUGUCCCCCGGACAAAGUCAGACCGGCACCGACACCGACGCAUCAAUCACAACUCGUAGGUCUGAAACACGGAAACAGCGGUGUGGGCAGCGCAAGUAGUUCUAGGAGCACCAGUCCAAGUCAGCAGCAACCGUCCCAAGGCGCUCUUUCAUUUAUUCCGCAACCCAGGACUCAGAAUGCGAAUCGACAACCAACAGCUACUACACCGAGUCCUCGAACAUCCACUGUGGGCCGACCUAACGGAGGCCUAAGAGUCCAACAACAAGCCUUGCCAUACUCCGGAAACACGCCCGCGCCUCAGCCAAACAAGAAUUCUGUGCUGGACAAAUUCAAGCUCUUCAACAAUAAAGAGAAAAAUCAAGAACGCGGAAAAACUUCCUCAGGAGUUUCAAAACGCACUUCGAGCUCUUCUGGAUUUUCUUCGGCUCGAUCUGAACACUCAGACAGUUCGACUUCCUUGUGUGAUCAAAGUAAAGCGCAAGCUCAAGAAUCGCCAAAGAGUCGCGCGCUGAAAUCGAAACUACAAUCAGCCAAGCCGGCGAAGCAGGCAAGCCCGAAGACAGGCAGAAAGGAACAAAGCAAAGCUCAGAGUAAGAUCGCGCGUACGAGCAAGGGACCGCUAAGCUCCUCGGAAAAACUGACGAUGCCCUGUAAUAAUCCGGUUGUGGAGCAAGAUGGAAAGAUUGCCAGUAAAGUGAUGGCUACCAAAUUACCAAAUGAUAAGAAAACACCGAAUCUUCAAGAAUUGGUAAAGCAACCGGUGACACAGUCAUCAAAAACGAAUCUUUCAGCUCUGUCGCCACCUAGACAGAUCACACCUCAAGAUAUCAAGAAUGUAAAUUUGAAAAAUGAGCUUCCUACGACGAAACCUUCUCCCAGACCUAAGAUGGAGCUUCCAGGCAAGAUACCGGAUCCGAAAAUUCAUCUGCAAAAUAUGAAAUCACCGCCGAAUGGUUUAAAUAAAGACUUAAUGCAAAAGGCUAUCUUAGCAAAUACCAACGGCAUCAUCAAGCCAUCCGAAUCAGUAGAAAUGCUCACUCGCGAGAACGAUGACUUUAAUCGCACCCUAAGCAUGAAUCAAGCGAAUUUGUCAGACUGCAAAGAUUUCAUGUCAAAACAAAAAGAACCGGAAGUUUUGGAAGAGCAAUCCGAAAUGGAAAGUUUCAAUUCAUCUUCAAAGACUCGAGAAUCAGACCAUCACAAGGUUAUUUGCGAGGAAGAAGUCGAAUCUACUACUGACACUCUUAACGAAAAAAAAGAUUCUCUGACUGAUCACAUAAAUCCAAUAGCCGAGAAGUCAGCUAAUGCUGAAGAUGGAUCCGUAAGCCCUCCUGCGCAGAACAAUCUGAAUUUCGGGUCUAAUAAACCGCUGGCAGGCUCGAAUAGUCCUCUUCAGGGUCCGAAUUUGGCCGGUUCCGGGCUUAGUCCGGGUUCCAGCAUCCCAAAACCUACCGCUCUCGUGAAAGGUACGUCGAAACCGUCGAAAGAAAGCGGCAUAAUCGGUGGUGUACCAACGCCAACGAAGCCGAAGAGCGGCGAUACUCUUCAUCGUAAACUUGAUCCCAAUACAGUAGCGAUGGUGUCGCCAAUGCCGAGUAUUUCAGACCUCAUGUCUGAAAGCUCGCAUAGUAAUUCUAAUAGCACCGGGCAAAGUAAUUCGAGCGACAGUAGCGUGAUUUAUAGACCAAGCAGCGAAAGUGGCAGCGAGAUCAAGACGAUUCCUAAUCGGAAGAUUGACACUACAUUUGAGCAAUUGGAGAAGGUGCUGUCAGAGAGCUCAACAUGCGGCGGUACUCUGGCGGACGAUGAGGCCGAGAUGACAGUAAAACCUAUGCAGCCUCUUCUGCGCGGUUAUACACCCGGGGCUCGAGGCCUGCAGACCCUUCCGAGUCGCACGACGACUCGCCAAUAUACCGUUCUACACUCAUCGUCGCAUCAUCAUGUCAGUGGUCAUCACGACUACACUGAUGUAGACGUCGCUUCCGGUUAUCUGAGUGACGGCGAGGUGUUGCGUGGAGGUGGCAUGAACGUCGGCAGCAGAACCCUGUCGGAUCUGUGCGACGGAUAUAUGUCCGAGGGUGGCGCGUCUUUGUAUGCACGCAGGCUCAAUCCUUCCUAUAAUCAUGAACACGACAGGUACGUGGGCAGCUCGCGACGAGAGCUGUCGGGGGUGAAGGAACUGGUGACCUCGAGGCGGGUGCAGAAGAGUCGGCCGUCGGGGGUCGCGAGGUCGGAUGGCGGUUGCAUCGGGAGCGUCAGUCUGGGAAGCGGUAGCGGCGGCGGCGGCGUCGUCGGCGGCGUCGGUGUUGGCGUCGGCGGCGUCGUCGCCGGCGGUCUUCUAGGCGGCUGCAGCGGCGGGAACGACGCCUUGGCGGAGCUCACGAUUGAGGAGCUGGCCUCCAUUCCCGCCGGAAAUCACACCUCCGCCAAUCACACGGGACAUCCCUCUCAUCACAAGAGGGUGCCGGGCGGAGGAGGCGUGAUUGUGGGGGGUGGCGGAGGUUCGGCCACCCCCCAAGGGGCGCAGCAAGGUAACAGUCAUAAUCUGGUGUAUCGCGUGGUGGGCUCACGUGGACAUCCCAGCGGUCACCAUCCGCAUGUAAAAAAGUCUGACAGCUCUCAGCAAACCGAGAGCUCGGCUUUCAAGCAUCAGCAGCAGCAGCAGCAACAACAACAACAGCAGCAAAAUUCGAACGGUUCCACCAGCAGCAGCUCCAACAGCCAACAAUGGAAGAAAUACAUCGAGGCGGGUGCCGCAAGGGAAAGAGACAAGGAGGGCGCACCUCCCAGUCCUAGUCCCUCCAGAAGAUCACAGGAUAAGCAUCGGAAACAGGCCAUGGCCGAAUAUGCGAAUGGCGAGAAACCACAGAAAGUUUCAUCGGGUACGUCGACGAGCGGGAGUAGCAAGGUUCGUGGGGUACCGCAAAGUUUCGGCUACGUUAAAAGACACAGUGCGGGCACUAGUCCGAGUCCCAAUGGCGUUCAAAAUGGCAACAAGGACGCCACUAGGACGGCUCAAGUUAGCGCUGUGCCAAGGACCAAGGUUAAAGUGUCUGGCGGCACGCAAACAUGCACGACGGAAUUGCAGGCCAACUCUUCAGGAUCCAGCCAGGGUCACCACUAUAAAAGUUAUAGUCUCACCGGUCCCAGCGCCAGUCAACUCUCUCAAUCAGUCCGGGAUCGUCUCAUGUUGGGUUCUCAGAGUCUGCCGAAGCCAGGCAGUCCAGAAUUCACCGCUCUCUUCGCAUCCGCUCAUCAUCGUGAGAGAGGAACUGGUGUCGGACCGGCGAGUACCUCAUUUUCACCCCGAGUACUGAAACCGUCUGACGGUAGUCUUAGCGAUACGUGCAGUAAUUAUGCAGCACCUGAUCUUCAGGGCUACUACGGCACGCCCAACAGUCCCUAUACAACUUCGUGGAUGAGACAUAGCAACACCUAUACGCCCAGCGGACGAUCUCAAGGAAUGGGCUUAUGCGAGGCGGACAGCGUAGAAUCGUUAGGUUCGCAUCGCGCGAGCUUAACACAUGCCCGUCUCUUAAUGCAUCAAAGGGACUCUACGGGAUCUCCGGCACCGCCUAGAUUAAACAGGAGCAACUCCAUCAGAUCUACAAAGAGCGAAAAGAUGUACCCGUCGAUGCUGGCGCGAGGCAGUGGUGCUUCAUCGUCGGUGGGCGAGGAAGUCGGAAUUGGCAUGGGAGUCGGAGUGGAACCGUAUUAUAGCGUUCCCGUGGGAUCAGCAGGAUGCACCGGCCAGCACUGGUCCCAGCCAACGUCACCGACACCCACUCACACUUCGCGGCAACCACCAAAUUUGUAUCAACACGUGCACAAGGAUGAUGACAUUCACGGCUCUUCGGUGUCGUUGGUAUCUACCGCGAGCAGCCUUUACAGCUCGGCUGAAGAGAAGCAGGCUCAUGAAUUGAGAAAAUUGCGUCGCGAACUGUUAGACGCUCAAGAGAAGGUGCACUCGUUAACCAGUCAACUUUCUACAAACGCACAUGUAGUCUCGGCCUUUGAGCAAUCACUGUCCAACAUGACUCAAAGAUUGCAGCAACUCACAGCAACAGCUGAAAAGAAGGAUUCUGAGCUUCAGGAACUUCGAGAAACGAUCGAAAGGCUACGCAAACAGAGUGCUGAAGCCGGAUUAAAUAACGGUCCAGCCGCGAGCAAUGGUCGCCGUCAUACUUUAGGCGAUUCCGAAUCUGGUACUACUGGCUGCACCGGCAGCAGCAGCAGCAGCAGCAAUCAUCAUCAUCAAGGUGCAUCGAUGGCGAGACAGUUGUCCGCGGAUAGCGUGACAUCCUUGAACUCGCUGAGUAGCGCCUGCUCGGCGAGCAGCAAUCAUCAUAAGAAGAAAGGCUGGCUCCGCAGCUCCUUCUCUAAGGCGUUCUCGAGAUCGCGCAAAAAUCGACAUGGUUCAGUAUCCGAUGCCGAAGAUUGCAAAGAGAGUCCUGGUGGUGAUCUAAGUGCUCCCAACAGUCCUAGACUACCAACCGCGUCCAAGCACGAGUCUUCGAGGGGUCAAGCCGCGAGGAGUAAUGGCCAAAAGUCACCCGAUCAUGAAAAUCCUCUAUCGGGAAGUAAGAGCAGCUCGGCUCUAUAUAAGAAGGAGGAUGAAGAUGUGGACGAGUUGAAAAAGCAAUUGAGAGAGAAAGAUCUGGUGCUCACAGAUAUUAGAUUAGAAGCGUUAUCCUCGGCUCAUCAAUUGGAAUCUUUAAAGGACACGGUUAUCAAGAUGAGAUAUGAAAUGCUGAAUCUGAAGCAGAAUAACGAGCGUCUCCAGCGGCUGGUGACUUCGAAGUCUCUCACUUCCUCGCAGUCUUCUCUACCCAGUGAUCCAGAUCGACGUUUCAGUAUGACCGAAGUCGCAUCGAGUGUCGCGGCAUUGUCGAACGGCGAUGCCAGCUCCACGGCCGACCAACUAGAAGAUCUCAACGUCCCGGUCGAACACGACGUAGUGCCGUCGAACGCAACAACUUCAGAACCGGUUCUCGAACAGGACACCGAUGGCAAGAGGAUUAAUGUGGCCGUCUAUCUUGGUAGCGAACGAAAUUUCAACUACAAUUUAAUUACCGGGAGCGGUUCCACCGAUGGCACUAUAGGCGAACCGCCUCAUUGCAUAAUCGCUAGCGUAUGCAUUAGCAACAAAACCAGCUGGGACGCGUUGGAUUCUAUGGUGAGGCGUUGCUUCAAAGAGUACGUUUCUCGAGUAGAUCCUGUGACAAAUUUAGGUCUUGGUGUCGAGUGCGUCGCCGCGUACCAUCUUGGCGAAGCCUCCAGAUGCACCACCGAUUCUCAGCAUCCCGAACUGUUGCCCUGUGGCUAUCUCGUUGGCCAUGUAAAGACUAUUUACCUAGUGUUGUCGGGUUAUUCCUGGUUAGCAGUGGAUACUCUGAUACCACGCUCUAUCGUUCAACGUCUAAUCUCCCUUCUAACGGAACAUCGUAGAGUGAUUUUGUGCGGUCCAAGUGGUACAGGAAAGAGUUACCUGGCUGGGAAAUUGGCGCACGCUCUAGUGGACACCGACAAUGACACGAAGGACGCUGCCGCCGUUGCGACAUUCAACGUCGAUCACAAGUCCAGUAAGGAAUUACGUCAAUAUCUUGCGCACAUUGCCGAGAGAUGUGACUCGAGCGCCGCUGAUGAAUUGCCCAGAGUGAUUAUUUUGGAAAAUCUUCAACAUGCGGCGUCUUUGGGCGAGCUCUUUAGUGGUCUUCUAGGAACCAGACACUCAUCAUGUCCUGCCAUCAUUGGUACUAUGAGUCAGGCUACUUGCAGUACCACCAACUUACAAUUGCAUCACAACUUCAGGUGGGUAUUAUGCGCAAAUCACAUGGAGCCAGUCAAAGGAUUUCUGGGACGUUAUCUGAGAAGAAAAUUAUUAGAGCACGAAUUGCGCGAGUGCGCCGGAACGAGGAACGCGGAAAUGGCAGCGGUAGUAGAGUGGCUGCCCCGUGUGUGGUUGCAUCUCAACAAGUUCCUAGAAACUCACAGUAGUUCCGACGUCACCAUAGGACCGCGACUUUUCUUAUCGUGCCCGAUGGAAGUGGCUGGCUCUCAAGUAUGGUUUACCGAUUUAUGGAAUUAUUCGGUUAUACCUUACCUGGUGGAGGCGGUCAGAGAAGGCUUGACAUUAUACGGAAGACGCGUGAGCGGAAAUGGAAACGGCGAACCUACGUGGGAAGAUCCAGCGCAAUUUAUCACGUCCAGCUAUCCAUGGCUGUCGACACAUGCUGUACAUGGCGGCAGCGAUGCUCUUCUACGAUUGAGACCCGAGGACGUGGGAUACGAUGUUGUCUCCAGUGGACAUAAUUCUGGCGUGGGUGCCUCCAGUGUAAAGAGUCUUGGAAGUACUCACAGUGACACCGAAGGAGAUCCUCUGCUUAAUAUGCUGAUGAGGCUGCAAGAAGCGGCUAAUUAUUCGAGUCCGCACAGCAACGACAGCGAUUCAGUGACAUCCCUCGAUUCAUCACAUACUCGUCACUCAGAGGAUUUGAGCAGUUCGAUACGAGGAGUGGAAUCGGCACUCUAAAUUAGCAAAAUAUCGUGAAAAAAUUCAUCGCCGAAAGGUCGAUAUGUAUCACUGCUCAAUAGCUAAGAAAGAUAUAAAAAUAAAAAUCGAUAACUCUUGCAAUCAUUUUGAUCGCCGAAAAAAUUCAGAGCGAAAGAAUUUAUAAAAUAAAUCAUAAUUACAAAAAAUAUCGGGGAUAUAUCCUCAUCAUCAGGGAAAAAUAUCAGCGGAAUAUCUCUAAGACUAAAAAUCGAGAAAAAAGUUAUAAAUAUAAAUCAUAUUUCCGAGUCGAGGUAACAGUUCAAUUAAAUAUUUGUGUGUAAAUUCUUGUCAUAAUAAAUAUAAUCUUUUAUGUUUGUUAAAACUUCUCUAAAACGCAAUAAGAUUAAAACGAGUCAAAAUGAAACGUUAGCUAUUUUAAAAUCGCACGAUACCAGGAGCUUCAGUUACGACCUAAGAGGGAUUUAAUAUGCCUAUUAAAACUGGCCUAGAUUUAUGGAUUUUUACGUGCAUUCUGCACCAAAGGUGUGAUAUGUAAUAUUAAAUGAACGAAAAACGGCGACAAAUAAGCGUGUCGACUUUUCACUCUUUGAAGAAUAGGCGAACCGAAAGAAAUUUAUUUACAAGUUUCAUUAUGAAAUUAAGUUUAUACGUUUUCGAGAUUAAAAGAUUUAAAAUUAAAUUAAAACAAAA